UUUUCCUGCUUUCGGGGCGCGUCCACAUUCGGUUUCGGCGAUGAAACAGUUAUAAAAGUCCCAUUAUAAAGAAGAGUCUCUAUGAGAGUUUUCUGAAUGAAGUCAGUCAGCCUGGGAUGCGCGCGCUCUGUUGCUAGCGUGCGGUUGCCAGGAUACACUUGUUGAACGCUUGUUGAAUUCGGAUGCAUGUGAUUGGCUGGCAGGCUGCUCACGUGACACCUUUUCGGCUAUAAAGUGGUAACGAGGAUUUAAAGGGGAAAAAAAAAAAAACUUGCUCAGUCUGAUUGUUAUGCUGCUGAACACUUGGGUUUAUACCGAACAACAUUUUAACGAGUUGAAAACGUAAAAUAAGAACCGGACAAGAGAGGAAGAUGGAGACCGCGCGAAACCAAGAGUUUGUCGAAGAAAAGUCGAAAAUAGUGACUGGAAUCGGAGACUUGCCUUAUAUGGAAAUGAAGUCAAGCUUUGGACGAAAGGCAGUGGAAACUGCGGCGCCUCCUGGAAAACCUGCAUCACAAACCAAACCUCAUAAAGAUGAAGGUUACGGUUUAAGUUUGCAGUUAGGAGAGGAGUACGAGCGCAAGAAGCAAAAGUUAAAAGAAGAGCUUCGUCUGGAUUUCAUGCGCUACAUGUCUCAGAAGCAAAAUGUCAAUGCCAGUAAGCCAUUGUCUCCACUGCAAACACGGUCUCUUCCUACAACUACUAAUAAAGACAAGACGCUAGAUGAGUGGAUUCAGGACCAGAGUCCCUUACUGAGAGGAGAUGAAGAAAUGCAGAUGAUGAGGAAAACGCCGAACCCAUCUCAGCCACGUGGAAAAGAUCAUUUCAUCUCUUCAUAUCGUCCUUCGUUUUCCCCCAAAUCACGGGGAAGGAGAAGUCCAGAGACGGUGCAGCAUUCCAAGAGGAACAACCAGACUGAACCCGUGCUGAUGCCAACACGCAGAGGUUCGGAGGACACUGCUAGACGCUGGCACAGAAGGUCCAGGAGGGAGCGUUACAGCACAGAGGAGGAGCAGAGUUCUGCUGAGGAGGAACAAGAGGAGCUCUUGCGAAAGGGAAGGUCCAAACGUCAAACUGAGCCGCAAGCAUCUGGCAGGAGACACAGAAAUCGCCAGCAGAGAGCCGAUCGGUUUGUUCUGGAGAGGAGGGAAGCAGAGGUUCCUGCUGUUAAUGAAGAGGACCAUCGAGAGGAGCAGAGACGGACGCCACUGGCACCGAUUAAAGCCAAUCCGUUCCCUCCAGCACAAACCAGAGCUGCCAACAAGAAGAACAUGACAGAUUUUGCUACAGGACUUCUUAUUGGGGUUGCUGAGGAAGAGGGGGAUGUUCAAAGAAGGAAAGAGCGCUACAAACAGGAACUGCUGGAGCAAAUGGCCGAACAGCGCCGAAAUAAGAAAAAGGAAAAGGAUCUCGAGUUGAGAGUUGCUGCUACAGGAGCCAUUGAUCCAGAGAAGGAGCCUGACAGGAUUAAGCAGUUUGGUGCUGUAAGGAGAGAGCAUGAGGGCAGGAGACGGGACUUGGCCUACAAGGCCGAAAGAGGACUUGGCAACUUUGGGACGAACAUGGACAAGAGGACACAUGAAGUGGAGAGUGCGCCACCUGAGAGACCCCGUGUUGCUUUCCAGUCUCCUACACUUGCCUUCAGUGAAAACUUUCACAAAGACCUCUCAGGAACGAUUGGAGAAAUAGUUGCCCCAAGAGUUGCACGAGUUCCUCCUCCACCUGCUCCUUCCCUCUCUGAGGUGUACAGUACUCCCUACGAUGAAGCCUACUAUUACUAUGGAGCCAGGAAUCCCCUAGACCCUAAUCUGACCCACUACGGACCUUCAGCAGUGCAGCAGUCACCUAAUCUCCCAGCCAGAGCGCUUGCAUCAGUCACUCAGCCUCCCACUGGAGUCUUUCCACAACAAACCUCUCAGCAUGGCGUUACUCCUAGGAUUGGCAUCGGAGCAUAUCCCUCUGAAAGACACCCACAUCCCAAGGAUCAUGAUCUGAGCUACAAGGAUGCUCUCAAACAACAGAUUGAAGAAAAACAGGAAAGGAGGAGAAGGGAGAGGGAGGAGAAGGAAAGGUACGAGUCUAAACUGGAGGCGGAGAUGAAAGCUUAUGAGCCGUGGGGAAGAGGAGGAGCCGGGGCUCCACUUCGGGAUGAUCAAGGAAACCUAAUCAGCGAUCUAAAGCGUAUGCACAGGACUAACGAGGAGGCUUAUGUCAACCCAGAAUUGCGUAGCAGAAGAGCCGUGGCAUCAGUGGAUGAAGCUACAUCAAGGACAGAGGAUAAAGUUCCUUCUUUGCACAGAGUAUUUGAUGAUAAAGUUUCCUCCUUCACCCAGCCCUCACCGUACGCCCGAGGAAACGUGUUCAGUGAGCUACCGACGGCGCUGCAAGUCCGCGAGAAGGAGCGAUACAAGGAAAGUCUGAAACAGCAGAUUGAGGAGAAGCAGAGGAUGGAGGCAGAGAGGAGACAAAGGCUGAGGCUGGAGGAGGAGCAGGAGGAGAAGAGGCUGGCUGAAGAGCGAGCGCAAAUGCAGAGGCAGUUUGAGGAGGAGCAAGAGAAGGAAAAACGCAAGGAAAUGGAGAAAAACGCCAGAAACCAGGAGAUCAUUCGGCAAGCAGAGGAGCGGCGCAGAGAGGCAGAAAAAAAAAAGAAACAGGAAGAAGAGAAAGCGAACGAGCUGCCGAAGACACAGUACAAGCAGGACUUCAGGUCACAAUCACCGCCCAUCCCUGCGUUACAAAAGAGACUCGGAAAACAGAUUCCCCCCAGACCUCCUUCAAUCGACAGCCAGCGCUCCACCACAGACGUCUCUGUUCGCUCUAAUCCCACCCCCCAGUCCCCACCGGUUCCAGCACAGAGGAACCAGAUCCGAGCAGCAGAGGAGCAGAAGGGUGUGAUCAGGGAGCUGUCGGUUCUGCGUAGGCACCUCAGAAGCGAGCAGAAACGACUUGAAGGGCAGCUACUACAUUCGGACAGAGAGGAGACACCAACUCCACUGAACAACAGGCACAUAGCGCAACCUCAGCUCAAUGCCUUCGACAUGGUCAGACUGAAGAUGCAGAUGCCUAAAGAAAGACCACCUUCGAACAGACCCCUGAAAAGUCAGAUCAUACAGGACUUCAACAAGCUCAAAUACAGAGACGGCGAGUCUCGGGAGAAAGUGAGGCGUGCGUAUCCCGAGCCACCCACAGACCAGGCCAGCCUGGAGAUCCAGCAGCAGGCUCUACUCGGAGAACAACAGCGCAGACUCGACAACAUGCAAAGAGCCGGAGCCGUCGAUUACUUUGACCUGUCGUCUCCCAUGAAGUCUGCUCCUCGUCGGAGGGAGAGCGGUGUCGACGAGACUGAAAGAAACAUGCUACUAGAGUCAGAGAGUGCUUUUAUUGAUGCUAACGGUUAUUCCUUCCCGAUAAUGCCACCCUCUGAUCGUAUCUCAGCCAGAGAGAGGAGACGGCGAGCCAGGAGGAAUGAGUUCUUUGAUGGUGUGGAGUCUCCCAGCGGAGAGAGGAACAGCUAUUCUGUGGGCUCGGCGAACAGCUUCCUGCUUGACAGGGUACAGGAGCUGAACCGGCGCAGGAUGAGAGUGUUGGAUGACAUGAGCGAGAAGGACCAGAGAUUAGGAGAAAUACCUGCUGAUGAAGAGGAUGACCUUUGGCAGCAGACUCCUUCUCCACCCCCUGCUCGCCGUGCUUCCACAGCGACGGUCGCCACAGAGUCCUGGCUCCGCCCCGGCACCACAGAGACGCUGAAGAAGCUCAUGGCAGGUCGAAGGCCGUCCAGCCGCAACCUGCCGAGAGACACAUGGGACGCGCCGUCUACUUACUACGGCUAGAGUCAUAGCACGUAGCAGCAACGAGAGACGUGAUCUCGGUUUUCGGGUCGUUCAGCUUCUGUCUUGCAACAGUUGCUGAGUUACAGCCACAGAUAAAAUGGUAGGAGUGUGUGGAGUUUUUCUCCCAGCAGUGCCUGAAAGGAUUAACUGCACCCUGUUGCACUGGUACAGAUGAAAGUAUCUCUCAUGGCUUUAUAUAUUUUGAAGUGUGUAUAUAAAUCUCUUAUGUAUUUUAAAUAUGAAAUAAAUUAUUUUUGGAGUCUGA